AUGGCAGACUUCACCAACCUUCUGGGAAUACGGAUUUUCAUCUCCUGCAUCGGUUGCUUCGGGAACGUCGUCCUCAUAUUCUCCAUCGCCCACAGCCACGCCAAAAUAUCCGCCGUGAAAUCCUUCGAAGUGUUUCUUUUGGGAUUGGCGGUGUCCAACCUGGAGGAGAUCUUGAUCGUAAACAUCUACGACAUUUUAAUCCACCAAAAUCUGUCUACGGAAACGGGAACGUGGUCGUGCUGCUUGCUGAAAUUCCUGACGUUAUCCGGGGAGCUCAGCAGCAUCUCGUUCACGGUCGUGAUCUGUAUUUUCCGGUACGAGAAGGUAAAACACGCCGCAGAGAGAGUCAACGUCCCGACUCAUUUCAAUAACGUGACUUCGGCGAUUCUCGUGAGUUUUUUUUGUUUCGUAAUAUCGUUUUCGUUAAGCUCGCCGGUUUUCAUCUUACGCGUGCAUUCCGAAAACGAGACGACCAGCUGUGCUCCGGGGUUUUCCCAGUGCGACGAUCUUCACUGCCCAACGGAAAACUGUACGUACAAAUAUAUUUUUAUCGUUGUCUGCAACAUUCUGCCUAUGCUGGUUGUCACGGUUACGAGUUGCCGUAUAAUCGCCGGGCUGCUGCACCAAAGGAAAAACGUCGAACCGGGAAUACAUGCGAGCGGGUCAAGGAAUUUUUGCUGGAAAACCCACCGGAGUACGGUGGCGGUGUUGGCGGCGAUGGGAUUGUUCCAGGUGGAUUGGAGUCUCUACCUGAUUUUUCAUUUUUAUUGUAAUGGGAGUAAUUUUGUUUUUUGGAACGAAAUGAAGUUUUUUAUCUCCACCUCGUACACCUCCAUCAGUCCGUACGUGUUCGGGAUUGGGAAUAAUCUUUUCUCCAUCAAACAUUUUGUGAGAAAAUAA